GUUUGGUUCAAGAACCGACGGGCCAAGUGCCGCCAGCAGCUGCAGCAGCAGCAGCAGUCCAACAGUUUGAGCAGCUCCAAGAAUGGCAGCGGCAGCGGCAGCUGCAGCAGCUCGGGCAACGGCGGCCGCAACAACAGCAAUAACAACAGCAGCAGCAACAACAACAGCUCCAACAGCAGCAACAACAACAACAGCGGCAACAACAGCGCCAACAAAUCGAACCAGAAGCAGACCGGCUCCGGCCAGAGCAGCUCGAGCAACGCCAGCGGCAAUGCGAGCAGCUCAGCGGCGGCCGCGGUCAGCGCUGCGGCUGUUGCGGCGGCGCAGUCCAUCAAGUCACAUCACAGUUCCUUCCUCAAUGCGGGCGCCGGCGGUGCCAACAACAACAACAACAACAACAAUAACAACGGCGGCGGCUCGACGCCCAGCAGCAGCAGCGGCAGCCACGGCGGCGGCGGCGGCGGCGGAGGAGGCGGCGGUGGCGGCGGCAGCGCUGGCAACUCGCACGCGCACAUCUCAGCAGCGGCCGCCGCGGCGGCACUGAACGUGACCGCAGCGCAUCAGAACUCCUCGCCGCUGCUGCCCACGCCGGCCACGUCGGUCAGCCCGGUGAGUAUUGUGUGCAAGAAGGAGCACCUGGGCGGCGGCUACGGCAGCGGCGGUGUGGGCGGCAAUGGAUCGGGAGUCGGUGUGGGCGGCGUUGGCGUCGGCGUCGGUGUGGGCGUGGGCGUGUCGGGCGAUGCGCUGCGCUCGCCGUACGACACGCUGAAGGAUGCGGGCGGCGACAUUGGCGCGGGCGCACAUCAUCAUCAUAGCAUCUAUGGCACGGCGGCGGCCAGCAAUCCGCGGCUGCUGCAGCCGGGCGGCAACAUCACGCCCAUGGACAGCAGCAGCAGCAUCACCACACCCUCUCCGCCCAUAACGCCCAUGUCGCCACAGUCGGCGGCGGCGGCGGCGCACGCGGCCCAGUCCGCGCAGUCCGCGUCGGCCCACCACUCGGCCCACUCGGCGUACAUGUCCAACCACGACUCGUACAACUUCUGGCACAACCAGUACCAGCAGUACCCGAACAACUACGCCCAGGCGCCCAGCUACUACUCGCAGAUGGAGUACUUCAGCAACCAGAACCAGGUGAACUACAACAUGGGCCACUCGGGCUACACGGCCUCCAACUUUGGCCUGUCGCCGUCGCCGUCGUUCACCGGCACCGUCUCCGCGCAGGCCUUCUCACAGAACAGCCUCGACUACAUGUCGCCGCAGGAUAAGUAUGCGAACAUGGUGUAGAAUCUGCUGUUCCAGUACUGCAGCAGCUCUGGCGGCAGCGGCGGUAGCAGCGCCAGCAGCGGACGCUCGCCUCAGCCUCAGCCACAG